GCGUAGUGCUGUGCUGCCGACUCGUCCUGUCUGCGGCUGUCCCACGCACCCUGCCACGCCCCUCCGUCGAAUGGUCCAGCGGCCCGCACCACUAAUUGGUCGCGUCUUUUCUCUCUCCCUCUCCACCCACUGUGAUACUCAGCUAUCAUGGACGACCGCUUCCGCCAGCCCGGCGCACCCAACUCCAAUGGCAACGCCCAAUACCCUUCUAUGAACCAGUCUUACAAUGGCUCCCAGCAGAACACGCUGCCGCCCCUCGGCAGCGCACAACCAUAUCCGUCUCUGUACAAUCAUCACAACAGCAACCCGCAGACGCCCAUCACGCCUCACACGCCUGUCACCACCACUGCGGGCUCGGGCGCCUCCAUCCCGCCCAUCGCAUCCCAGCACCCUCCUCUGCGCCCGCUUCAGCCAUCACCUUCGUACCUGCUCACCAGCGCGCCGUACUCCCAGGCGCCGCUCCUUCCCACAUCAGGCGCGCACUCGAACGCGCUAGGCCAGAACGCGCUCACGGCUGGACUCCAGGACGUACGCGCCGGCGGCAUGGGCAUGGGACAUGCUGCUCUUUACCCUCACCCACCAGUCCUCUCCAACCAGGACUCUGAACCUGUGCACGUCGUCGGACAGCAAGGGCGUCGCGGCGUGCUGCCUACCCACCCUGGCCGUCCCAGUCCUGCUGUCGGUAAGACGAUCACGAACCCGAUCAAGAACGCCGAGGGCAAAUACGAGUGCCCCCACUGCAACAAGACUUAUUUGCACCUCAAGCAUCUCAAACGUCAUCUUCUGCGACACACCGGCGAGCGCCCGUACCAGUGCCAUCUCUGCAAGGAUACAUUCUCGCGUAGUGACAUCUUGAAGCGUCAUUUCCAGAAAUGCUCAAUUCGUCGGGGUAACCCUACUGGUGCGAGCCAUCUGCAAAACGCGCAGUCGCAUCUACAAAAGAACCGACAGCCGAGCAACGCAGAGGCCAACUCGUAUCUCAACCACAUGGGCACAUCCAUGCCUUACUCGGACAAUGCUUAUGGUAGCACAACUCUUGGCAACAUGCAGCCCAUGGCAUCCAUGCAGACUGACGGGUACGGAGAUGGUCUUCCUCCCAUGAACGCACAUCAGUCGAUGUCUGCGAGAACCUCCAGGUCCAACAGCCUGAUCCGCCCCGGUAGUGGCGUCGAAGAGAACCGCCGGAGCAUGUCUGCUCUCGACAUGGGACAUUCCCGUCUCAACUUCAACGACUUCCGUCCCGCCAACGGUAUGACGAACAAUAUCUCGCAUGACAUGAGCCCGUAUGGUAACCAACAGAGCCAGUCUGCGACGGCCGUUACAAAUGGCCAACAGCACUACAAUUACGAUAGCGCUAUGGGACACCAGGAGAUCGCCCCGACCAGCAUGUCCGUGAAGCAGGAAGAAGGAGACCCAGCCUCCUACGGACGUCCGACCCUGCCCAACGUGAAUGGUCUUUCCAACGGACAGGACCACUCAGCACGUUGGAACGGGUCGUUCAACGGUAACGUUGAUGGCCAGUCCCAGGAUAACUUCCUCAUGAACUCAAGUAUGGCGAAUGAUACCCCCUGUGAUGCAUUGCUUGGUGGACUGUACUCGGAUUCUGGAUUUGCUGCGACCGACUCUGUUUUUGCCCAGUGGAAUUUUGGCUCAUUCGACCCGCUGCAUAAAAAGGCGACCGCCUUGGUGGACUUCUGCUUCCCUGAACCUUCCAGGUCGAUACCUGGAUCAAAUGCCGCGCAUGGCUACGAAGCAUUCAAGGGAUUGUUGACGGCGGAUAACUUGAAGCAUUUUCUCGAACUGUACAAGCACUAUCAAAACCAUUGGCCCAUGAUUCACUCAUCCCUCGAUUUGUUCAAUGCAUACAACGGCCUGAUUCUCACUAUGGUCUGCAUUGGAGCGGUGUAUUCGGACAGGAUUGGUGUAAAAGACGUUCGCUGGUUGAUGGAAGUGGUGAGAGCAUCGGUACUCAGGUCCUCACAUCUGUAUAAGCGAGCCUCUGAAAGAGCCAGGGAUGUUGUAGAAAAAAGCAUGCCACUUGGUGGUAAUCUUCAAGAAGUCCAGGCCUUGGUGCAUAUCAAUUCAUUGUUCGUGUGGCAUGGUAAUCACAAGCAGAGGCAACAGGCCCGGGAAGAUUUCUGGAUCCUUGCCAGUAUCGUACAACAUGUGGGUUUGCUGCGACCUUUCCCCACUGGCCAUCCAAACGCGAGCGCCCUCCACCAGCCUGGACACAUGCAUGUGAGCGAUGUCGCUACUUGGUCCUGGGAGCGUUGGUUAGAGCAGGAGAUGCGGAUACGUGUGAUGCAUCUUGUCUUCCUGAUCGAUGCCGCUCUUGCCAUAUUCUUUAAUGCCCAGCCGCAACUGGACAUUUACGACAUCAAACUUCCUUUGCCAGCGGACGAUGCGGCGUGGGAAGCGCGAACUGCAGAGGAUUGUGCAAAUGCGCUAGGCCUCCGUGGCGAGACAGCUCAAGCGAAUAACUAUGCUGGUACUCGGCGCCCAAAACAACUCAUUCUGUCGGAAGUCCUCGUUCUGCUUCACCAAGGAAACAACUUGCCACAUCGCGCCACGAACGUAUACUCCAAAUUCAUUCUGAUCCAUGCAAUCCACGUUCAAAUUUUCCAGCUUCAACGACAACUGUCCAGCGCCACUGGGGUCUCUUCCAGUGGUGCCAGCACGCCUCAAUCGCACGAGGGAACCGCCAGUGGCGGUAGCAGUGGUGCUGUCACUCCGACUGAUGGCCAGGGAACCCAAUAUUCUCAACUGCAGGGCAUGCUUCGCAGUACCAUGUGCGCUCUCACGCUCUGGAAGAAGCAGUGGGACGCAGACAUGCAGCUUCAGUAUGGUAUCAAGCAGAGGCCUCUUGGCUUCUGUCGGGACGGCAUCCACUUUUACUUCCUUGCAAAGAUAUUCCUUCAAAACUCUCGGCGCGAGGACUGGAUGGCAGCACCGGACGAUCGGUUCCGACAAGUCUUCAACCAGCUCAAGUACAUCCGUACCCAUGUCGCUUCCGAUUCGACUUCGAAGAAUCUGGACACGGGUAGCGUGACGACAAUCAAUGACGACUACGGCCUGGCGGAUCUUACCCUCAACAUGAAGCUUCUUUUCACACCAAUAUACGACACGUCGGCAGAUCGACGAUAG